ACAACUGAUCAGCAGUCCUAAGCUUCAGCCUGGAUGGAGGGUCUUUGCUUCGUCAGCCGGUGGGAAGCGGACUACAAGUACAGAGCCUGGAGACGGUCAGACCUAGAUUCAGAUCCUGACAUGGCCAAGGGUGGUGCUGUGCACUCUUGGAUAAGUCACUGAGCCUCUCAGAAGCUCAGUUCCCAGUCUGUGAACAAACUACUACCUACCGUACAGAACAGUUGGGAGGCCUGAAAUGUAAGCACCUCAAACAAAGUAGAUGAUAAUACAGGUCAUUGUCAUCUCUGUCCCGAGAGAGCAUGAGCGAGCAUCUCAGCCCUGCGGGCAGUCCAAGGAGCCCUGGAGACGUGAGGAAGUCCUAGUGUUCAUACCCUGGGUGAAUCUGCUUGAUCUAGAAAGCCUCCUUUGAAGGAUCAAGACCACAAUUGGGAUUUGGGGCACUUUAUUUACAUCCCACAUUGUUCGUGUUUGAAGCAGUGUAGCUUGCAGGAGAACCAAGGAUCUCUAUCGUUGCUCGCCUCUGUGUUUCCAGCUCUGUUCUCCGUAGCAAGUCCCCGUCUGAUCCAGCCCCUUACUGCCAUGGGAAUUAACAGACUGAAUCUAGUUAAGGGCUCCCGCCAUCUAUCUUUCAUUACUUUCCAGUGCUUGGAGCUGCGGCCUGGAACUCAGCAAAUGGGGGGUUAAGACUGAUGCCCUGGCCUAUCUCCUCCCCUCUCCAUUCCUGACUUCAAAGUCCCCAUUAAAGCUUGCUUCCCUGACCCCACAGUGGCAGCUCUAUCAUCGGCUCCUGGCCGGUUCAAAACAGCAGAUGCUGAGCCCUGGCCGGGCUGUUCGCACUCUACUUUCUAGCCAUCUCCUAGGGACUGGGCUGAAGCCUCAGAGACCCAGCUGAAAACCCUGGGGCCAGGAUCAUGUCUGCAAACAAAGGCUGGUGGGCACCACCUGAGGGCGAAGACAGUGUGUCUCAGAAGUUCCUGAGGAAGACCAGGGAGUCUCCGCUGGUGCCUGUCGGCUUAGGAGGCUGCCUGGCAGUGACAGCCUACCGGAUUUAUCGGCUGAAGGCCCGUGGUUCCACCAAGAUGUCCAUACACCUGAUUCACACCCGUGUGGCCGCGCAGGCCUGUGCUGUGGGUGCAGUCAUACUAGGUGCUGUGUACACGAUGUACAGAGACUACGUCAAGAGAUCAGCACAGGACCCCAGGGAGAAGUAGGACUCCUGGGGCAGCCAGAGCCUCGUCCAUCAAUCCCUGGUACGUUCCUAAUAAAGCAGUUUUGAAGAAAA